AAGAGUGGAGCCUCUUCCCGUCUUCCCUACUGUAGCUAUAGCUCGCUGUCUAACCUGGGGCAGCUUUGAGAGAGUGAUAUCAUUGAGGAUAAUAUCUCACAAAGACAACAGAAACUGUUGCCGCAAUCUCGUGUACGGAUCUCCUCAAAUGCGUGUCCACAUAAUUCGGUAACAAAAUAAAAAACUAUGAUGAUGCUACUUUCUGUUUCCCAGUCUACUUCUGCGGUAACUGCAUCAAGCUAACACACAGCGGACUCAUUUCCCCUUUUAUUGUUCGCCGCAUCCAUCUGACAGCGAACGGCAUAUGUUAUGCAGGAGGCGUGUGGGGGUGGCUGAAGCCAGAGUGGAUCCAGUGUGCCGGUCAGGGGACAGCUGGCCGGGAGCCCGGACUGGAGUCGGGGAGACUCUCAGAUUACGCACGGAUUACAGCGGGAUUUACGGACGAGCCGCCUGCAGACGGGGGCUGGUUGGACGCCGGCUCCAGGACGGUGCCCGAACGGGACUAGGAAGAAAACGCGCGACUGGGAAUGUAGCUCGGUUAAUACCGGGAGACUUUGCUCAAAGACCGGAGGCUGAGGGAAGUUUCUGCUUCCCCCCGUGAAAAGUAAUGCGUUGGAGGGACUGACCGUGGCAGGUUGCUAUGGGAACACUCAGAACCAGGCUCCGGAGGUGAGUCUUGCGCUUCUCCUCGGGCUCUCGUGGAGUCGGCAGGAUGGCGAGUCGGCCUUCGACAGACCUUCAUCCACGGGUCAUUCCAUCCAAACGAUCUCAUUCACAAGCGGCGUUCACGAACCGGAAUCAUGCACAUGAAGCUAUUCAUGACUGAAACUUGGACCGUACUAUAGAUUGUGAGUGGGUCAAAAAUUAUUUAUAAGGGUAUUUGACAUUGUUUAGUCAUCCAGUUUUUUAAACGUUUUAGUCUAGUUGAAGAGUAAUGGGGUUGUUUGAAUGAUCCAUCCCGGCCUGACCCCCCAGCCCAUGCAAUGCGCCUUGGUGGCCCUCUGAACCAUGGCCACUGGAGACCCCUCACCCUUCCUGUACGGAUUCGACAUGGGCGGGCACUUCCAGGACCCGCGGCCGCUGGGCUACGGGGCGAGCGGGCUGGUGCUGUCGGCGCUGGACCGGCGCAGCGGGCAGCGCGUGGCCCUGAAGAAGCUGGCCAUGCGCGACGCGGUGAGCGUGAAGCGCGCCCUCCGCGAGGCCAGGAUCACGCAGCGGCUGCGUCACGAGAACGUGGUGCGCGUCCACGAGGUGCUGGGCCCCCGCGGCCGGCCGCUGCCCCCCGACCCCGCCCGGCUGGGGGCCCUCUACAUCGUGCAGGAGUGCAUGGAGACCGACCUGGCUAGGCUGCUGGAGCAGGGGCCGCUGCCCGCCGGGCACGCCACCCUGCUCUUCUACCAGCUCCUGCGCGGGCUCAAGUUCAUCCACUCCGCCAACGUGCUGCACCGCGACCUCAAGCCCGCCAACGUCUUCGUCAACACCGACCAGCUGCUGCUCAAGAUCGGAGACUUCGGUCUGGCCCGCAUCGUGGAUCCGCACUACUCGCACAAGGGGUACCUGUCGGAGGGCUUGGUGACCAAGUGGUACCGCUCGCCUCGUCUCCUACUCUCCCCAAACAACUACACCAAGGCCAUUGACAUGUGGGCGGCUGGCUGCAUCCUGGCUGAGAUGUUGACGGGGCGCAUGCUGUUCGCGGGGGCCCACGAGCUGGAGCAGAUGCAGCUGAUCCUGGAGGCGGUGCCGGUCCUGAGGGAGGAGGACCGCCAGGAGCUGCUGAGGGUCAUGCCUUCCUACGUCAGCCAGGGGUGGGAGGUCAGGAGGUCGCUGAGGGCCCGCCUGCCUGAGGUGGAGGUAGACGCAAUUGACUUCCUGGAGCAGAUCCUGACCUUUAACCCGAUGGACCGGCUGACGGCGGAGGCUGCUCUGUGCCACCGGUUUCUGCGGCAGUACUCAUGUCCUCAGGACGAGCCUGUCUGUCUGCAGCCCUUCCACAUCGAAGACGAGCUGGACGACAGCCUCGCCACAGAGCACGGCCACAGUCAGGCCCCGCCCUGGGACAGCUACGAGAGCCACACACCGCAGUGGGACAGGUACGACACCAGCCUGUCCUCGGACCUCUGCUGGCAGGAGCCGGGCCGCUGUGGGUGUGCGGCGGCGGUCUCGGACGGGGGCGAGGGAGGAGGGGAAGAGGAGGUCCAGAGGGACCCUCGCGCCGGCCCCGCCUCCCUGUUGGAGGAGGUGCAGGUGGACCCACGUAAGUACUCCCACAGCAGCUCGGCGGAGCGCUUCCUGGAGCACUCUCACUCGUCCCUGGACCGCGCCUACGGGCUCUGCUCCGAGCUGGACUGCGGCCGCUCCUGCGACUACAAGGUGGGCUCGCCCUCCUACCUGGACAAGAUGGCGUGGCGGGAGGGCAAGCCGCAGCACUACUCCGAGCCCAAGCUCAUUCUGGACCUGUCCAGCUGGAAGCGCAGCAGCCUGCCCGGGCCUGUAGAGGGCGACGUGGAGGACCUGCCCACGGAGGCUUCCGGCGACCUCUUCCUGGAGAUCUCCCGGUGGGUGGAGAGCACGCAGUCCCGCCUCCACUCGCCAAGCCCGCCCCCAGAGCCCCUGCCCUCCCCGAGCUCGCCGCCCCUGCCCCUCUCUCCCACCGAUUUUCCAGGAGCGCUCUCCUUCAGCCCCCCUCCCGUGCUGCUCCCCGCCCCCGAGCUGACGGACGAAGAAAGCCGGACGAGCCCCCCUCCGUCUUCUUCUCCUCCUUCCCUGCUGCCCUCCUCCCCUUCCUCCCCUCUGCCGGCCCUCUCUCCCGCCGUCUCACCGCUACCCGCCUCUUCCGGUUGCUUCCGCCGCAGCCCCGCCCCGGCGGGGGCCGUCCCCCCCGCAGAGGUGGAGUCCCAGUUCGGCUUGGACGUGCUAAUCUCCCGCGCCCUCAAGCUGGGCGGCAGCAUGGAAGGGGCCAGGCUGGCCGACAUCAACGGCGUCCCUCGAAUCCCAGAGCGCUGCCCGUCUCGGGCGCCUCCCAAAUCGGCCCCGGAGAUGGUCCAAGCCCAGGGCUGCCACAAAGAGCACUGGUAGGGUGGGCCGGGAUCUGGAAUAUUCUCUCAGCAACACUCCUCCUCUAGAUGCUGCUGUAAUGAUGUGUAGGACUGGUGUGGCAUAGAUUUGGGCUGGGCGCCAUGGCCACGGAUAUCAGCAGACCAACUCAGACACCAGCUUGAGCACAAAGAGGUGUCUCCCUCUAAAGCUGGCCCUGUGGGUGUGGCUGGCUUGGUACAAGGAGGCAUUUGUCACUGAAGCCGCUGUCCUCACUCGAUGAAGGAAUGUGCAUGAAUGCAGGUCUGUGUUGUGAAAGCAUUGAUGGAAAGGGCAUACUCGCAAGGUACUGUAAACGGAUGACCUUUAGUGAGUAUAUGUAAGAUGGAGAAAAGUCAAAUCUGAAUGUAAGGCAUGUACAAAUACCAGUUACUUAACUUGCCAAAUGACUGGUUGAGGAGUUUUCUGACUCAUAAGCGACUGUUUCCACGGUUAGGCCAGCUUGAUGUUUAAGGGGUUGUUCUAAAUGCAGUUUCUGUAGGACAGUGAUUUUUUUAAGCAAAUCCUAUUUUCAAAUUUAUAACACAUUCCUCAGAGUCAGGUUGUUUUAUGGCCAGUAUAAUACAUUCUAGAAAAUGUGGGUUUAUGGGAUAUUCUCCAGUGAUCAGAACUUGCCUUCACCUUGUGAACUGCAGGUGCCAGUUUUGAGGAUCCCAGCCCUAGUCUUGAUUUGAACUAAUAUUUAUUAACUGACCCUGAAACUGAUUCAGGGUUUCUUCUUUGAGGGCAGAAUGGAUUUAUUUCUCAAACCAUACAAUUAAUAAUGGACUGUCUGUUCCAAAUGGAUAGCUUCAGUUGAGUUCGGUUGAGUUCUUGGAAACAAUGUCUUGACGACUUGCCUGAUUACUAAUGCUAAUUAUAUUUUUAGCAUUUCAGUUAUUGCUGAACACGUUCACCAACAAUACUGUAUGUAAUUUAAGAUUGUAAAAUACUCUUAUCACUAUGAUUAUUCUAUCGACUCUCUCUCACAUGCUCUUGAGUAUCUGAUGGUGAGACAGGUUUUUUCUAGUUUGUUUUUGUGUGUGCUUUAUAACAAUAAUAAAGUUGACUUGAGAAACUA